AUGGCUACCAAUGGUAAUAACACACUACCUACCAACUCGAGGAUAAAUGGAAAUGGAGAUGAGGAGCAGCAACCUCUGCUUAAUAGUAGUUAUGUGACGUCCAAAUCAGCAAGAUGGCGAAAGAGCUUAACGACAGACGUUCGUCGCGACUGGGCUGACUUAGUCCUGCUCGCUUGUUAUAUCAUUACUGGCAUGCUUGAUAGCGCAUCGAUAUCCACCUGGGGUUCGUUCGUGUCGAUGCAGACAGGAAAUACGGUGUAUUUCGGUCUCGGUAUUGCCGCGCCGCACGAGUCAACACGGUGGAUUAAGUCAGGGACCUCACUCGGUUGCUUCUGCAUCGGGUCCGUCUUCUUCAGUUCCUUUCACCGGAUGCUAUCACCGUCACCUAAGCGGCGUUGGGUGCUCUGCGCGUCCUUCACUAUCCAGAUGCUGUUUGUUGCCGGUGCUGCGGCGAUUCUUACCUUCGGCCCCCAGUCCGACAGUGAGUCCAAGAAAGAGGCUAUCGACUGGCCGGUGCUUGUCCCAAUCGCCCUAAUCGCUUUUCAAAGCUGUGGCCAGGCGGUUGCCAGUCGUGCGCUCAAAUAUAACGCGCUUACCAGCGUUGUCCUGACUAGCAUUUACUGCGACUUAUUCUCCGAUGCUGCGCUGCUCGCGCCGCAAAAUCCCGAGCGCAAUCGUAGAGUCGGUGCCCCUGUUUUGCUUCUCAUCGGUGCUGUGCUUGGUGGGUUGCUGGCUAGGAGCGCAGUUGGUACUGCUGGUGUACUAUGGAUUGCUGCGGGUUUGAAGCUGUUUGUCGUCGUGUCGUGGCUCCUGUGGCCCGCGGAAAAGGAAUAA